GUGGUUUGAGUGGAGCCAGGGGCCAGAGCCAGGCGAGCGUGGGACAUGGCGGCGGCGGCGGCUGGAGCAGGAGGGAUCAACACACUACCUGAUGCUGGCGCCAACCCCUUCCCACCGGGAGCUUUCAAGGACCCCAAGAGACUCUACUGUAAGAACGGCGGCUAUUUCCUGAGGAUCUUGCCGGAUGGCAGGGUGGACGGAACCCGCGAGAAGAACGAUAACAACAUUAAACUGCAACUGCAGGCUGAAUCUAUUGGAAUCAUAUCCAUCAAGGGCAUCUGCGCUAAUCGUUAUCUUGCUAUGAGUGAAGAUGGCAGAUUGUAUGGAUCGAAAUUGCCAACCGACGAAUGCUUCUUUCAUGAACGAUUGGAGCCAAAUAACUACAACACCUAUCGCUCAAAGAAAAAUGAAAAUUGGUAUGUUGCUCUCAAAAGGACUGGACAGUACAAACUCGGACCAAGAACUGGACCAGGACAGAAGGCGAUUCUGUUUCUGCCAAUGUCUGCAAAGUAUUCAUAAUCCAAUCCCAGCUUUUUCUUUUUAAUUUAAAGAGUGAUGAUUUAACUUUUGAUAUGACUGUUUUAUUGCUGUGAAAGGUAUAAAUGUAUACAGUAAAAUGUCACCAUGGUCUUGUGUUGUUUGGGUAGUCUUACAAACUGCAGUAUAUGAACUGUGCACUAUCAAGCUACAUAAAAUGUGAUUUUAAUAAAGCAUCAACACAUCCUUGGUUCUUUAAAUGGUACAGUCAUAAACACUAAUUUAAUAAUGUUCUUUGUAUAACCCAAUAUAUUGGUUUAUGUAAUAAUUGUUAAAAUGUAACAGCUGUAUAAUUUGAUUUAAACAAGCAGUUGAUGCAGAGUAUUUGGGAGAAUGGAUACAUACAUUAAUGUGUGGCCACUGGUCAAAUGUUGUUUGAUUGGCUUAAAUUAUUUGAUUGCAAGCAUGAAAAGAAUUCAGAAUUCUGUUUUCAUAUCCAGAUACUUCUGUACUGCCAGAUUAAAAUAUUUUUGGUUUUUAUAUAAA